CUCCCUCUUUCUCCCACACUCACUCUGUUCCUUCUCUUUCCCUUAGCUUUAUGCAUGCAACCAACUCUUCUAAUUAACAACUCUUCCACAACAAUGUCUAUGAUCGAGGUUAGAGUUCCAAAUCUCGACUGCGAAGGUUGCGCUUCAAAAUUGAGGAAAGCACUCUUCAAACUCAAAGGAGUGGAAGAAGUGGAAGUGGAAAUAGAGAUGCAGAAAAUAACAGUAAGAGGGUACGGAUUGGAAGAGAGAAAAGUGGUGAAGGCAAUAAAGAGAGCAGGAAAAGCAGCAGAGGCAUGGCCAUUCCCAGGAUACUCUUCGCACUACGCCUCAUUUUACAAGUACCCUUCAUACAUAGCCACACAUUACUACGACGCUUACAGCGCCACCACCAACCCUACUACCACUAAUCAUCAUGCAUCGCCCACUUCCCUCCACACUUUCUUCCAGACGCCUUCACUUUACUCCCGCGCUGUCUCCUCCGACCACGCCAUUGCCUCCCUUUUCAGUGACGACAAUCCCCAUGCUUGUUCCAUCAUGUGAUAUCAUGUCUAUUCUACUUUCUUUUUUGACA